GUCUUGUUUGCUCAGAUCGAGCACCUGUCCGACGUGUCGACACCCCGCCUCCAACCCUGCUCGCACAGACCGGGACUCGCGCUGUUCGUCUGGCAUGGCGCGCCGCCCACCCAUCGUGUCGGUCGUGGCACUGGUCUCGUUCGCUCUGGGCUGGUUUGUGUCGUCGAGUCUCAUUCACCUGUCGCCAAGUCCGAACUCCCUCACCAGCACUUCACAGUCCAUCAUCGUCUCGAGCGCCGGCAUCCAAUGUCCUGUCUGCAAGUCGUGUCCCAAUCGUCCGCUGACGCCUUGUGUCAGCGAGUCAUCUGUCGCUCCUUAUCUGCUCAAAAAGCACGCAAUCGUCGCGGAGCAACUGAAAGCGCACAUGCUCCGCGCGCGCAGCCAGUUUACAGAACCUUCAACCGACCGCGUUCACCCAGCUCUGAUCGAUUUGCUCCCAUCCGAGUCGGCAAGCAUUCUACAGAAGCCCGUGCUGCCUCCUGUCCUGCAACACGGCAUACGCGUAGCUUCAUUCAAUAUCCGCAAUUUCGUGGAGCCGUGGGAGAUCCGCAAAGCUGCAAUUGCCAGACAACUCCGAGCAACGCAUGCUGAUUUCAUUGGAUUGCAAGAGCUGCGAGUGUUGCCGGAUCAGUCGAUGGGCCAGCUGGAACAACUUGCUCAACUGCUCCCCGAGUAUCGCUUCACACACUUUCAGGCCGCACAAACACUGUCCGGAGAGAUCAUCGAGGGUCUUGGAAUCCUUUCCAAGCACCCUCUGGAGCAUAUCGAAUCUCUCGCAAUCAAUCCGCAUCCGCAGCUCAGCUCGGAUACGAACGCCCGCGUUUGCUUGCGCGUGGAUCUUGAUAUUCCCAAACUGGGGCGUGUCGAGGUUUUCGUCGCCCACCUUUCAUUUGAUGCUGGCGAACAAUGCCGGCAAAUCGCACAAGUCAGUCACUGGAUGGAAUCCACUUGGCAAAGCACCCGCGCAUCACAGAUUCUGCUCGGCGAUUUUAACGUGUAUUUCGAUUUUGAAUGGUCGAUUGAUCCGUUGACUGCGAGAAGCCGGGACGCCAAGGAUUUUUUAGCUUCCCCGCUCAACCCUUGCGCAGCUGCAUACUCGCAACAGUUUCCAUUUCACCUUCCAGAACAUUCCUUUAUCGACGCUUGGCUGAGCUUUGUGGCACAGCUCGACCGUCGCGAAUCCCGAGACAACCCUGGCAUCACCUAUCCAGCCAUGCACAACAUUGCAACCGCUGAUAGUUGUCGACCGGAUCGGAUAUUGCUGCGUAGUGACACGCUUCAUGUGCACCAUGCUCGCCGAUUUGGCUUCCUGCCGUUUGACGACGACGGGACCGAGCUCCCACCAGGUCGCUCGGGAUUUUUCGCCUCCGAUCAUCUCGGCGUGUUGGUUGACUUUGUCGCCCCUCAGUGAGAACGUUCUUGUUCUCACAGACAGCCUUGUCAUUUCAUUGUUAAGACGUUAAUACUAUCAAUUCACAUUUUCG